AUGGAUCCCGAAGCAGCCGGACAAAAUCGACUAACGGAGCUGCACGAGUUAGAGGAAUUUCGGUAUCAAGCCUUUGAGAGCACGAGGCUUUACAAGGAACGGAUGAAGAAAAUGCAUGAUAAGCACAUCGUGGACAGAGACUUCAAACCCGGUGAGAUGGUGUUAUUGUACAACUCAAGAUUGAGAUUGUUUCCGGGUAACUUGAAAUCCCGAUGGUCAGGGCCAUUCCGAGUGGUGCAAAUGUUUGCUAGUGGAACUGUGGAGAUUGAAUCAAAAGACGGAACGAACAAAUUCUCCGUCAAUGGACAAAGGUUGAAACACUACCUUGGAUCAGCUGACGAAAAGGGGAUACAGUGGUGUCACAUUUCAAAGAACCCCAAUACGAAAACGAGGAGUAGGAACUCCACUAUUUGCGCCGUGCCGCGACGUUAA